AUGGAUGAGCAAGCAAUUAAUUUAUUUUAUUGGUGUUGGCGAAUUGGAAGUACUGGUAUUUCAAAAAUAAAAAUGUUUUUUAUUUGUAAAUAUCAUAAAAACCUGAUAUUUUUUCAUGUACAGAAUGUCUCAAAUAUUAUCUUUCCAUCUAAAAAAUAAUCUGAAAAUUUUUCCAGGUCCAAAAACAUUCACCGGCGAAGACACCGCCGAAAUCUUCAUCCACGGUUCAACUGCAAUCGCUGGAAAAUUGGCUGAAACUCUUGCAAAAAUCGAUAAUGUUCGAGAAGCGAAACGCGGUGAAUUUUCGCGAAGAGCAUUUUAUAAUGGGAAAAUGGAUUUGGCACAAGUUCAAGGCUUGAAUAGUUUGAUUAGGUCUCGAAGCGAAAAAGAGCGCAAAAUUGCGUUUGGACAAAUGAGAGGCGGUGAAAAGGCGAUUGAGAUAAGGUAAGUUGACACGUGGAAUUUAGGGUUGGAGGGAAAAUUUGAAUUUUUAGGUCUGAAAAAUUAUUGCUACUUUUUUUUGAAAAAUAAAACAUGAAUUCAAAAAUUUCAAAAAAUGCCACGUGGCAUUCAGGAUCCUGAAUUUUCAGAUUUUUCAAUUCAAAAUGCUUGCCACGUGGAUUCUCUAAAAAUUUUUUGGAUUUUUAAUUCGAAUUCUGAAAAUUCCGGAUUUUUUUAUCCCCAAAAGUUAUUAAUUUCAAUUUUUCAAAAUUAAAAAAAUCCACUGUUUCAAAAUGUUUUCUUUAAAAAAUCCACUUUAACUCUUUUGAUGAAUCCUUUCCAAGCGCGAAAAAUAAAAGACUUCAAAAAUUUGGCCAAAAAUGCCACGUGGCAUUUAAGAAAUCACAAAAAUCCUGAAUUUUCUAAAUUUUCAGUUCAAAAAUCUUGUCAUCUGGAUUCUUUGAUUUAAAUAUUUUCUUUGAUUUUUUGAUUUUAAAAAAGAGCUUUUUUGAUUCAGGUACCAGUUUAUUUCCAAAAAAAUAUCAAAACUUUUCUAGAUUCAAAAAUUAAAAAAAAAUGCGACGUGGCAUUCAAGAUCCUGAUUUUCCAGAUUUUUCAAUUCAAUAUGCUUGCCACGUGGAUUCUUUUAUUUUUAAAAAAAUUUAAAUGUUAAAUUCUGAAAAUUUCGAUUAAUUUUUAAUCCAAAAAUAAAUAUUUUCAAUUUUUCAAAAUUGAAAAAAAUUCACUGUUUCAAAAUGUUUUCUUCAAAAAAUCCACUUCAACUUUUUUGAUGAUACCAUUACUAGGGCGAAAAAAUAAAAGAAUUCAAAAAUUUGGCCAAAAAUGCCACGUGGCAUUCAGGAUCCUAAAUUUCCAGAUUUUUCAAUUCAAAAAUCUUGCCAUGCGGAUUCUUUUAAAAAUUUAAAAAAAAUUUAAAUUUUAGAUUCUGAAAAUUUCGAUUGAUUUUGCCCCUAAAAUAAUUGUUUUCAAUUUUUCAAAAUAGAAAAAAUUCACUGUUUCAAAAUUUUUUCUUUAAAAAAUCCUCUUCAACUGUUUUGAUGAUUUAAUUUUUACGGCAAAAAAUAAAAUAAUUCAAAAAUUUGGCCAAAAAUGUCACGUGGCAUUAAGGAUCCUGAAUUUCCCGAUUUUUCAAUUCAAAAUGCUUGCCACGUGGAUUCUUUGAUUUUUUAAAAAAAUUAAAUGUUAAAUUCAUAAAAUUCCGGAUUAUUUUUAGCCCCAAAAUAAUUGUUUUCAAUUUUUCAAAAUUAAAAUUCACUGUUUCAAAAUUUUUUCUUUAAAACAUCCACUUCUACUUUUUUUUGAUUCCAAUUCAACAUAUUCUUUCAUGAAAAAAAAAUGAAAUAAAAAUUCUGAACAAAAUGCCACGUGACAUUCAAGAAAUCACAAAGUUUCUUUAAUUUUCUAAAUUUUCAAUUUAAAAAUCUUGCCAUGUGGAUUCUUUGAUUUUUUACAAAAUUUAAAUGUUAAAUUCAUAAAAUUCCGGAUUAUUUUUAGCCCCAAAAAUAAUUUUUUUCAAUUUUCCAAAAUUGAAAAAAUUCACUGUUUCAAAAUUUUUUCUUUAAAAAAUCCAUUUCGACUUUUUUUAUUGUUCUUUCCUUGCCCAUAGCCCAAAAAAUUCCCAGAUCUCAACUAAAACACGUGAUUUCUCAACUCUACGUCAUCAUGGAUUUCGGCGAACACGUUGAGCUGAAAAUCGAAGAAGCCCGAAAAAAUAUAUUGGAAAUUCUGAAAACUUGUCGAAUUUUGAAGAACGCUUGGAAAAUGGCCGAAAAAACACAGAGGGGUUUGAAUAUUGUGUUGUAUGGAAAACCGAAUUCGGGAAAAAGCAGCAUUUUGAAUAAACUUGGUGGGUUUUGAACGGGGCUCAGGGGUUGAACGGGGCUCAGGGUGGGUUUUGAACGGGGCUCAUUCUUUACUAUGAAGCAUUUAUAAAUGAAAAACAAUAAUGAAAAUGAUAGAGAGUACAUAUUGUAGUUAUUUUUGUUAUCGUGCUCAAGGGGCCCAACAUUACUCGCUACGGGAUUUGUGGAGAUCGGGGGAGUGCCCGUCUCCUUGGCCUAGGAACUGCUAGAUUACUAAUAAGCAAUUAAUGAAGCGCACACAAUAAAAGAUAUCAAAAGAUAAAAGUGAACGACAAUUAUAUUCAUCUCUCAUCCGGAGGGCGUGUCCACUGCCCGGUGAUACAGCAUAUGUUCUUUCUCUCUCUAAACCCCCACGGCCUCACAGAUUUCAGUUCCAAACAGUUGAUGAAAAAAUUUCGACAGUGUAGAUGUCGAAUUCAAGUUAGUUAAUAUAACUUUCCAGAAAUCGAUUCAUCUGAAAUUUUUAAAGUUUUUUUUGUUAUUAUUCCAAAAUAAGUAUGAGAAUUUAGGAAAUAAAAGUAAUUUUUACUUGAAAAACCCCUUUAUUCUCUCUAAAACCCUCUAACUCUUACCGUUUGUUGCUUCUGAUUGACAGUUUUCAAUGGUCGUUAUGUUCUCAUACAGAGUUAUCAUUCUGGCCACUCGUUCAUUAAUCAUUCUAAGAAAAUUUAAAAAAUUUCGAAUUUCAUGGGUUUCUUUCUCUAUAGUUUACCUUAUCAAUAAAUUUCAAUAAAAAUGUCGACAGUAUAGAUGUCGAAUUGAAAAAAAUUAUUCACAUUUUCUGUUUUCUCAGAUUUUCCAGAAUCAUUGGCUCCGCCCACUUUUUACACAAAAUUUUUGUUUUUCAAGGCAAAAAUGUGUGCCUGUUACUUGUAACAUGUGUUUUUUGCCAAGUGUCCACCACAAAAAAUAAAAAAUAACAUUUUCAGCGCACGAUGACGUGGCAAUUGUGAGUCCGAUUGCUGGAACAACGCGGGAUAGUAUAGAUGUAAGCAAAAAAUUUUAUUUUUCCGGAAGCUUCCGCGUAGCGGUUUUUUCUGUUUCCAGAAAAUUGUGGAAUUUUUCUGUUUUUUAUUUAUUUUUUAUUUAUUUAUUUACGAUGAGAGGAAAAGUACAUCGUGAGAAAAAAGUGAUAAAAUGAAUAGCAAUAUCACGGGUGCGGUGAUCACAAUUUAACCAGUAGGGUUUGAUUUUUAAGAAUUAUUUACAUUAUGAUGGCGGUGAGAAAGAAGAAAAAAGGAAAAAAUAAUAAUAGGGGGGGGGGGGGGUGGGAAUAGGAAAAAAAAAAAAAAAAAAGAAAGUUAGAAAGAAAAACAAAAAGAGAAACCGUAUAAAAAGAAAGGGAAUGACACAUUGGUUUGACUGUUUUGGAGUGGUACUAGAUCUUGGAAUUUGCACAAAAAUUUUUAUAAUGAAUUAAUGGCUUUAAUUUGAGUAUUGAUUGUGAGACACAAAGGUUUUUCCUCUUGUUUUUAGAAGGAUUAAAAUUAAAAUUAAAAUUAAAAUUUAGAAUUUAAUUUUAUCAAGAUUCGGAUCAGUGGUUAGAAGCUCUGGUAAUAGUAUCCAGAAACUCAUCUGAAUAUUGUCUGAUGCCUUUAAUAAACUCCGGGAUUACUCUCAUGGAAAAAAAAGUUUUUUCGGAUUUUCUUUUUGGGGACUUUGAAUAAAAGAUUUAGGCGAGAUCUAGAUGAGGUUUUCUGAAUUUGAAAGAGGGGUUUAUAAUUUACUUUAGAUUUACCCGAAAGAAUGUCUUCAAGCAUACGGAGAUCAAAUCUUCUCCUCCUGUCACUCAACUUCUCCAACUCAAACACAUCCAACCUCUCCUCAUAAGUAAGAUAGCCUGGAUCUCGGUAAUUGAUGAAUUUACCGGUCACUCUACCAUAUAAUUUUCUCGUGAAGUUACGCUGCACUUUCUCUAUCAUAUCCGAGGUGGAUUUAUCAGGAGGGGAAGUGACAACGCAACCAUAUUCGAGAAUUGAGCGAAUAUGUGUUUUAUACAGGGAUAAGUAUAAUUUUGGAUUUUUGGUAGUGAAUGACUUAAAAAGAAGAUAUAAAAGGGAAUUAGAUUUUUUUGUGAAUGUAGUCCAGUGGUCACUAAAAUCCAAAUUCUCAGAGAUAUAAAAACCGAGAUCUCUCAUAACCGAUGUUCUGUUUAUUGUUGUGUCCAUUACUUUACUCAAAUUUGGUUGGUUUUGUGUGUAUAGAAAGUAUUUUUGUUUUUCCAGAAAGUUGUGGAGAUUAGUGGAGUUCGAUGUCGAUUGACUGACACGGCUGGAAUUCGAGAUGAAACGAGCACUGAGGAUAUUAUUGAGCUGGAAGGAAUUCGAAGAGCCAAGCAGAGGUGGGUUUUGGGGAGGGGGGGUUUUAAAGGUGCAUAGAUUAUUUUCCAAGAUAGUUUGAAUUUUCAAAAGUUCUGGGGAGUUUUUAUUCAAAUUUUUAAAAGUUUGGUGCCAGAAAAAUUCACUGUUUCAAAAAAAUAUUGAGAUUUUUUGAAAACUUCGGAAAUUUGCUUUCUUAUUCAUCUUUUUAUUCAUUUGAAUUUUCUACUACAUAAAAAUUUACUGUUUCAAAAAAUCUUAAAUUUAAAACGCCUUUUUCCAAAGUUUUGCUAAUUGAGGGGGUUUUUCCAAAUCAUAAACAAAUUUUGGUGUUAGAAAAAUUCACUGUUUCAAAAAAUACUAAAUUUUUCGGAAAAUUGUUACAUUUGAUUUUUCCAUCUUUUUUCUGAAAUAAAAUUCAUAUUUUUCAUUUCCAAAAAUUCACUGUUUCAAAAAUCUUUAAAGUUUUUUUGAGUUUUCAAAAGUUCUGCUACAUUUGUAUCAAAGUUUUGCCACGUCAUAUUCAAUUUUCGGUGUCAAAAAAUCCAAAAAAUUCACUGUUUCUAAAGUAUAUUAAAAUUUUUGAAAACUUUGAAAACUUGCUUCCUAAUUCAUCUUUUUCUUCAUAUGAAUUUUUAACUACAUAAAAAUUCACUGUUUCAAAAAUAUCUGAUUUAAUUAUGAAGCCUUUUCCAAAGUUUCAGUAUUGAACGAUAUUUUCAUAUUCAAUUUUUGGUGUCAAAAAAAUCCAAUAAUUUUCCCUGUUUCGAAAAAAUAUUAAACUUUUUCGAAAAAUUAUCACAUUUGAUUCUUUCAUCCUUUUUUCCGUAAUAAAAUUCAUAUUUCUCGAUUUCCAUAACAAUUUACUGUUUUAAAAAUUCUUAAAUUUACAACACUUUUUUCAAAUGUUUGCUCAAACAUGUGAGGAUUUCCACGUCAUAGUCGAUUUUUGAUGUCAAAAAAAUCCAAAAAAUCACUGUUUCUAAAGUAUAUUAAAAUUUUUGAAAACUUUGAAAACUUGCUUCCUUAUUCAUCUUUUUCUUCAUAUGAAUUUUUAACUACAUAAAAAUUUACUGUUUCAAAAAUUCUUAAAUUUAAAACGCCUUUUUCCAAAGUUUUGCUAUUUGCGGGUGUUUUUCCAAGUCAUAGUCAAAUUUUGGUGUAAGAAAAGUUCACUGUUUCAAAAAAAUACUAAAUUUUUCGGAAAAUCGUUACAUUUGAUUUUUCCAUCUAUUUUUCAUUUCCAAAAAUUCACAGUUUCAAAAAUCUUUAAAGUUUUUUUGAGUUUUCAAAAGUUUUGCUACAUUUGGAUCAAAGUUGUGCCACGUCAUAUUCAAUUUUUGGUAUCAAAAAAAAAUCUGAAAAACUUUCACUGUUUCAAAAAAAUAUUAAAAUUUUUGAAAACUUUGAAAACUUACUUCCUUUUUUAUUUUUUUAAUUCAUAUGAAUUUUCUACUACAUAAAAAAUUUACUGUUUCGUUGCUAUUCAAUCAAAGAAGGCUUUUCACGUCAUAGUCGAUUUUCUGACGAAAAAAACUUCCAUAAAAAUUUCACUGUUUCAAAAAAGUAUUAAAAUUUUUGAAACUUGCUUCCUUUUUUUAUCUUUUUUAUUCAUAUUCCUCGAAUUCUAUAAAAAUUUACUGUUUCAAAAAUCCCUGAAGUUUCUUUAGUUUUCAAGAAUUCUGCUACGUAUUGGAAUUGUGGAGGUCUUAUAAAUAA